UAGGGGUCGGGCCGUGAAGGAAGGGGCUUUGUGCUGCAGUUCCGGGUCCGCAGCGCCGAGGCGGGAAGCGGCAGCCGGGGCCUUCUCAGAAGCGCGGCCAGGCCUCGACCCCUUCCUCACAGAGCCCAGCACCCCGCAGCCUCCCUCACCUCGCCCAGCCCAGGUUUCCACCGCCGUCGGGGGGACAGGCCUCGGUGAACCGACCUUCUCCGGGCGGGCCGGCCGCCCUCUCCGCGUCCCCGAGCCACCCCGACUUGAGGGCUGCCUCGUCAGAGUUCGUCGUUCCCGUCCGGUCCUUACCUCACGUCAUUCGGGUCUCUCCCGCAGGCUUCCUUCCAGACGGCUCUAUAGGCCUCACCGAGCUGUGGCGCGCCGCGAGACGCCAAGACUGACAGACGUGUUCAGCCAAUCACGGUAGACGUUAUUUUCCGGCCUCAACCACUCGGCUACUGGAAGGGGGUGAACGGGCGAGGCCUUGUGACUGUAGGCCAAUGAAAAGUUGAUCAGGUGGCCAGCUCCCUCCCCAAUUAGCUGCUGGUGGCUGGGCCCGGCUUCUGGCGCAGAAACGGGGAGGGCUUAGAGAAUCCCCUGCCCCUCCAAGCUGUGAGCGUGCAGCUUUGCACUUCUGCAAAGGAGAGCACGGCGCUUUCUAGCUUUUUAAACCUAUGAGGUGACACGCCUUACAUUGUUUUAACCACAGAAUCACACAGGGUGGUGCAGAAGCAAGUCUACACCUCUCCCUGACCCCUCUGAUUUCCUUACGAAGGGACGCGGCCAUUAUGUUGACGCGCAUGCCCAGAGGGGUGGGUGCGCACGCCUCCGGAUUUGGCUGAGCAGAGGGAAGCAAGGGCGAAUAGGAAAAUUCUCGAGGGGCUGAUUCUUUGGCUGGUUUUGUUUUCGAUAUGUGAAACACUUUAUAUGGCGUAUUUUAAAACUGAAAGCGUGCGUGAAAUGCUUGGUAUUACUUUACAAGAAAAUUGAGACUGGACAUAAUGUAACCGCCCCUGGGUCAUGCAGGAAAACGGGCGAUGUAUUACUAAGCUGGAAAACAUGGGGUUUCGAGUGGGACAAGGAUUGAUAGAAAGGUUUACAAAAGAUACUGCAAGGUUCAAGGAUGAGUUAGACAUCAUGAAGUUCAUUUGUAAAGAUUUUUGGACUACAGUGUUCAAGAAACAAAUCGACAAUCUAAGGACAAAUCAUCAGGGGAUCUAUGUACUUCAGGACAACAAAUUUCGUCUGCUUACUCAGAUGUCUGUGGGAAAACAGUAUUUAGAACAUGCAUCUAAGUAUCUAGCAUUUACAUGUGGCUUAAUUAGAGGUGGUUUAUCAAACUUGGGGAUAAAAAGUAUCGUAACUGCCGAAGUGUCUUCAAUGCCUGCUUGCAAAUUUCAGGUGAUGAUACAGAAGCUAUAAACAUAAUGAAAUGCAAGACUUCUACAGUGUAAAGACAAAUUAUUCCUGUGUAAGCAUUUCAAAUAAUAAUGAUGUAACUACGUUGCUGGAUGUUUGUAUAGAAGGGUAGGGUGUAUUUUAUCAGUUUAAUGCAGACCAAGUUAAAGCAGAUAAAAGGGUCAUUUACAGUGGCAUAAACUUUAAUGAAACUAUUAAAAUGGAAACUUGAUUUCAAAUAACUGGACACCAAAAUAUAUUUUAAAUAUUUUUAUUUACUUAGAGUGAUAACCACAGAUGGAACUUAGGGUCUGUUGAAGUGGCAUAAAAAAAAUAUGCCCCAGUCAGGAUCAUUUGUGUUAAAAAUGACUUAUGUUAGAUAAAGUGUGAAUCUAUUUUAGUUAUUUUUCAAAAGCACAUACACUAAGUUUAACUUUUUAUUUUGUUGCUUGUAAUUUAUUUUUUAUGACUGUAUAAGGAUUUCAUAUAUACAUUGCGUGUACAUGUGUGCAUACCUAUAUAAAUACAAAAUGACCUUAAAUUGUUUGGAAACUUAAUUUCAUUUUAAUACAUUUUCAUCCUUGAGAGCGCCGUACAUGUAAUAAAAGUGAAAUACAGAUUAAUUUAAAUGUGAAUUCAGUGAUUCUAGGGCCAAAGUAUAUUAGGUAUGUUGAGAGGAAUUUUUACAUUUAUUUCUAUCUAUGU